GUGUGUAUGCUGUGUGUAUAGUGUGUGUGUUUGUGUGUUCCCUGUAUGUGCAUGCAGCCGGGCAGCAGUGAGAGAGGAGGGGCGCAAAUUGGACAAGUUUUUCGGGGGAGAGAAGAGACUUUAGAAAUCAGCCACACACACGCACUCUCGGCAGCCUCAUAUGACACGGCUCAGACCUGCGGCUUUCCUCAGCACCUAUGUCCUGUUUUCUAACCUUCUUCCACAAAAAAGACGCGCUUUUUACAUUCAGAAGUGAUCUUACACAUUUUUUGGCGUUUUUGAAAUUUCCUUUGUAACUCCAGGGUUAGCGGGAUUUGCGCGACUUUUGAACUUUGGAUGCUUGGAUGGUUUCAGGAGCGCUUCCAAGUGCGCAAAAAAACGUGCCGAGUGCCAUUGAAACCGACUGAUGCCCCCCUCUCUGUCUGACUCGCCGUGAAUCAUGUCACGCCGGAAGCAGAAGCGACCCCAGCAUCUAGUUAACGCGGAUCCGGGGGGCCCAAGGCUGCUAUCUCACGAUGAGCACCUGGGCAUGAAAUCACCGUCCACAUCUCUUGGCUCAGAAGUCACCUCAUCAGGGUCCUCCUCCUCAUCCCCCACCUCUCUCCAAGACUGCCAGCCGCCUCUGGCCCCUCGCCCAUCCCCUGGUGGGCUCCACGCGCCCUCCCUGCCCAGCGAGAGCUCGCCUCCUCCUCACUGGCCCAGCCACAUCGCCCCCUUCACCACCUCCCUCCCCAACACCCACUCGUCCCUCUCACCAGAUUUUCCCCACCCCUCACUGUCAUCCCAGACUCACUCACCUCCACCGCUGGGUCAAACCUCAGGUUCCCACCAAGGAAACUCUCACUCCACCAUGACCUCCCCACCGAUAGGCAACUCAGCCACCACCACUACCUCCUCCUCCUCUUCGUCUUCCUCCUCUUCCUCUUCUCUGUGUGUGCCACCUCACCGUGACAGCUCCAGUCCAAGUCAGCAGCAGGCCUCCAGCUCUUUCGGGCAGCAAGGACAGAUCCAGGUGCCACCGACCCUGGCAGUACUCCUUGAGGAGCUGAGGGUGUUACAGCAGAGGCAAAUCCACCAGAUGCAGAUAACGGAGGAGAUCUGCAGGCAUGUCCUAAGGCUUGGAGGGGCUGUCUUUGGUCAAGAUAAUAAUUCACCAGCCACUGGCGCAGACAGUAAUCAGAAAUCUACAGGAGCAGCAUCUUCGUCACCAACGCACCCCUCCACUGCCACACCAGUAACCACAGCCUCAUCACUUUUGACUAGCCUUCCAUCUUCACUCUUCCCCCAGCCAUCUGUCUCCAAAUCAGGUGCUUCACAAGUUAAUGGCAGCAGACCUGCAUCCUCCUCUACCUCUUCCUCAUCUAUUUCAUCCACUAUCAGCUCCUCUGCUGCAUCCCUACACCCAUUGUCCCUGUCAUUGGGCCUGCCACCACGCUACCUCCAUGAGAAAUCAUCCAACACCUCAUCAUUUGGUCAUAGUAAUGGUAUCGGUUUCCCAACUCCCCCCCUCCCUACCACCAGCCAUUCCCAGGAUCUGCAGCCCAGUUCCUCUCUGGGAUCUGCCUCGUCAACGGGACGACCUCAACAUGUGUGCCGUUUUUGCGGGAAGGUGUUAAGCAGCGAUUCAUCGCUCCAGAUUCACCUGCGGUCACAUACAGGUGAAAGGCCCUACCAGUGUCCAGUCUGCUUGAGCCGAUUUACAACCAGAGGGAACCUCAAGGCCCAUUUCCUGAGACACAGAGAGCAGAACCCAGAGCUGUCCCUCUCCCUGCUGCCUCCAGCGCUGUCUGAGCAAACACAGAGUGGCUCUGUCUCUGGUACCAUCCAGAGGAGGAGAAAACGGCGGGCUGAUGAUGACGAGUCAUUUCAUGGAGUGAAAGGAAGCAUUCCCGGCAUGACAGAGAACAUGGCUCUAGGAUUCCUGUCAGGGACAUCUACACGGCCCUCACCUUCCUCCCUACCUCUGCCCCCCUCAGUUGAUAUGGCGUUGCUGUCCACAGCCCACUCACUGCUACAGCUGAACAGGGCUUCAGCUGCAGCUGCUGCCAGUGCAUCUAGCACUGUACUGCCAUCUUCCUCCUCAUCCUCAUCUUCCUCUUCCUCCAUGGGCAAUCAGUUCAAAGGAGCAAAGCAGCAACGAUUUGAUGAAAACACACCUCCUCACUCUGCCCUCCAUACAACCUCCCCAUACUCUCAACUGGCCCACCUCCCCAAGAUUCUCUUCCCUGGAGGUGCCUCCCCUCAUCACCUUGCACUUCUCCGGCCCCCAGCCCAUCCAUCCACCUCCCACCUCACUUCGCCUCACCAGCUACCCUUCCCCUUUCCACCUUUCCCCAAGCCAUCCACCUCCUCCCCCUCUUCAUCCUCUCCAACCACAUCUACCCAGACCUCAGACACCUCCAAGUUGCAGCGUCUGGUACAGAAGCUUGAAAAACAGCCACAUGGCGGUGCCUCUUCUUCCUCCACCUCCUCACAAACUCUUGCUGAAGCAAAUGGGGACACACACGGCCAUGACCUGACCACAACCUCUAGUGCCUAUCGCAGGGAAAUGUUGGCAGCUCUUGGCCUGAGCCCAAGUACCAAUGCAGCACUAGUGACCAGCCCAGGUGUCUCAGGCUCUGACACUACAACUACCACAACUACCCUUUCUCUGCCUACUGCCCAGGCUGCUAAUCAGUGUGGAGUGUGCCUCCGUGUCCUCAGCUGCCCCCGAGCUCUGCGUUUGCACCAGGCCACACAUCUGGGUGAGCGGCCGUUCCCAUGUAAGCUGUGUGGUCGUUCUUUCUCCACAAAGGGCAGCCUUAGGGCCCACUUGGCCACUCAUCGUGCAAGACCGGCUAACUCCCGUACCCUGAACUCCUGCCCAUUGUGCCCGCGCAAGUUCACCAAUGCUUUGGUUCUUCAGCAUCAUAUCCGCUUGCACCUAGGAGGGCAAAUACCACCUGAUGAAGAUAUGCCUAAUGAAGACAGCGCAGAAACGCAGAGCGCUCUCUUUGAUGAAGGUGAGAAUGACUCCACUGUCUCCCCAUCUAACGCCCAACUCCUUCCUCUGGCUUUAACAACAGGCUCCAAGUCUCAAAUGGAUGCUCUCAACUCAGGGUCCACUCCUAAGCAAUCCACAGCUGCUGAUGCCACUUCUGUUAAGACAGAGGAAUCAGAGGGCUCAACGCCCAGUGUAAGCCCACCCCUGACCCGUGAUCCCCCCUCAGUGGGAGCUAAGGACCCCCUGCGUCUGGGAGACAACACUUUAGCCGAUGGUUGCCCCAUGAACUCUGAGGAGGAGAUCCAUGCUGACCUGGGCAGCACUAGCCCUUUCAAAGCACCCUUAGCUGUUUCUCAUUCAGCUGUAGUGAAUGGAGACACAGAAGCAGAUGACACCCCCCUUUCCCUCUGUAUUUCAAAGCCGGGAGUAGAAAAUAGAGGGGUUAAUCAUGAUGAAUCCUCCUCCACAGACAAACCCAUCCCUGAUUCUAGCCCAAAACCCCCAGCUGAAAAUCCUUUACCUGCUCUUACCCCGCCUGCCACUCCCAAAGCUACCCCUGAAGCAGAAGAGGCCUGUGGCAGUGUACCACAGGAGACACAAGAGAGAGAUGCUGUCCAAAGCAAAAGCAAGAGUGAGACGACUGCACCCAGAGAGCCUUUGCCAGUUUUGGAUGCAGAGCUGGAGAAGGAGAGUCCAGUGAAGGAGGGUUAUGGUGUGCCAGAAAAGCCUUCAGGGGACCCUGAGCCUUCUGUCCCAGCACCAGCACUGCACACCCAGCCUCCUCGGCCAGACAAACCCUAUAGCUGCACCCAAUGUGGAAAGGCAUACGCCAGCCGUAGUGGACUUAAGGGCCAUAUGAAAACACACCCUGCAGUUCUGACCAAUAUGCCUUCCAAGGCUCAAACCAAUGACAAUGACACUGUGGAGGAUUGCAGUUCACACUCAGCCAGUAAGAACCCGGGACAGCAGGAGGAAAAGCAGGGAUUGGCUAAAUCCCCUGAGAAAGGUGACAGCACAGAGCCUCCACCAAUCAGUGUUGUUUCUAAUGCAGCGGACGAGCCUAUGGACACUACUGUGUAGAAGAGUUAGUAUUGUUAAAUGGCUGCAGUCAGUCUUAAAUGGAUCCUGACAAGGGAAUGUAUUUUUUUAAUAGAAUGACAUUUGUUUUCUAGAGUUAUUCAUUCUAACUCCUGUUUACCUUUUGUAUUAGGCACAUAGAUCCAGUUUGUAUUGUAGUUACAUUGUAGUAACAUUACGAGAGAUUUGUGAAUGUAGUAUUUUAGCUAUGUAUUUUUGUAUUUCAAAGACCACAGUGAGGCCUUAUCGUACACACUUCAUAGCAUUUUCACAAUGAGAAUUAACUGUUACGCUUUUGUUUUUUGCUGAUAUCUAAUUCAGCACAUUCUGUAUAAGCUGAUUUGAAUAAGAGGACAGUCCAGAAUUUUACAAGAUGAACUCCAUACCAAAACAGGCCAAAUUAGCGACGGCCAAUGUGUGUAAAUAUGAACUGCGGUUGCAUUAUAUGUGGGGUUUUGUUUUAUUUUUACUUUCUUUUUUCCUAUUUGUAAUGCCAUGCUGCUGAAAGCAUGUUUCUGAUGUGCUGAGUUGCACUGUGAGUUGCACUGUGUCCUGUGCUGCCGAAACAUCAACUUAAAAACAUGUUAGCAAUGAUGAUAACCAUGACGAUGUUGAUAAUAAUAAUGAUGACGAUGAUUGUGUUGGAUUAUCAGUACUUUUGUGAGCAGUCCUUGUACUUCUAGCCGUAAACUUUGCUAGCAGCUAAUUACCUUAUGAUGAUUGUAAAUGGUCUUUCUUGUUGCUGAUGCUGUCGACAACAAGGAUGAUCCCUGUCGGUUAUAAAUCCCCCUCCUCUGUCUUUCUUUCCCCCCCUACCCUCCUCUUUGCUCUGCUCUCCUCUCUCAAAGCACUUGAGAGUUUUCUGCUCCUGCAGAAAUAAUCUACACUCACUACAUUCCUGCUUCGCCCAUUUUAGUAUUUGUAUGCUUUGCUCGAUCCUUCGUAAACCUUUUUUUGUAGCAAUGACAAAAUAUGUUCCAUGCUUCCUACAUGAUGUAUAAAAGAUAAUUAAACAAUG